GCUGAUUUGCCACCGCCUUCAGUUUUAUUUUUGGUUGUUUUCGAUAUUAACGUUAAACCUCUUUCACGAACACUUCUAAAUAAGAACGAAUGUAAAAUCUAGAUACUGUGAUCUGCCUAACCGUUGAAUCAUUUUCGGAUUAUCAGACUGCCACUGUUUGUAAAUAGUGCUGCUCUGUAGUCUGUAUGGGAUUGGGCACUGCAUAGCAGGACUCAAAAUGCCGCGCACCAAACAGCCUGCUCCGUCGCAGGGUCGACUGCGUAAAUCCAUCGUUGCGCCGCGACGACGCGAUGAGACCCCGGAAGAGCGAGAGUCCACUCCGGAUCCGGAAGAGGAGCAGCAGGAAGAGGAGCAGGAGAACAUGCAGACCGACGACGAGGACACGGCCAGUCAGCAGUCGGCGGCCAGCGAUACCACCGUUGUGGAGAGUGUGCAUGAACGGCCAUCACGAGCGCCUGCCUCGUCGCAGAAAACGGGCACUAGCACCCGUCCGCAGGUGGCUCGUAAGCACGUCCGUCAGAGCGCAGACAUGGCCCGCAAGCGCGUCACCUCGCAGCCGGAGGUGCCGCGUCCGCGUACACGGGAAGGCCAUCGUUCCGCGACGAAGCAGGUGGCCUACAAGAGCAACAAGAGCCGUAAAGUCAGCUCACAGGAUUCCGCGUCCAGCAGUCGCCCGGCUAACAAGACUAAGCGACGCACGCGCCCGGGCGUGUUGGUGCUGCGCGAUAUUCGUCGUCUGCAGAAUUCCACGGCACUUCUGAUUCCGCGCUUGUCCUUUGGACGGCUGGUGCGCGAAAUCACCGCCAAAUUCGCCAAAGAUAUGCGCUUCCAGCCCGUUGCACUGCAGGCCAUUCAGGAGGCGGCGGAAUUCUUUCUGGUUUCACUGUUCGAGGACGUUAACUUAGCAGCUAUUCACGGGCGCCGCGUGACAGUCAUGCCGCGGGAUAUGAGCUUGGUUCUGAAGAUUCGUGGAGACGCCAGCUAUCGUGUCCUCGCCGCCCGCAUGUAAAACCGCGGAUUGCUGCUUCAUCGGAGGGAUGAAGACAGUCAUGAAGUUUCCUGCAGUUUAGCCGUAUUUUGGCAGCCAUAAUCACUGACGCACUUCACGUUUUUUCACUCUUCUUGCAUUGUAUAGUUUCCCACUUUCUCAUGAUAGCGUAUUUAACUAAUAAUUAUUACUGUUACUGAGGAUCUUUAUUACGUGCUUAAUUUUUAUUAAUAAUUAUCAGUUAAAAGUAACAUACUAAUGAAACUUCCUGCGGCUCGGCUCUUCUUUGUUCAGUAUCUUCGAUUUUGGUAAAGUUGUUGCUGUUGGAAAACUUGCCAUCUCUGGACCAUGUUCUGUUUAACAUGGAGUGAAGAUUUUUGGGGUAGUUUUCUUGCUAUAACCGUUUCAGUAUUUCAGCACUCAAUAAGGAUUAAAAUUGA